UCCUUCCCCUGUCAGUAGUCAUAACAAUAUUACAAAAAGCCGUAGCAACAAAAACAGCUGAUCGUUGACUGCCCUCGUUCCGUCAAAUUCGAUUCCAGGCAAGGCAAAUAGUGUUACGUUCGCUGACAUUGUCUAGGUAAAAGUGAACGUGGGGAAAAUUUGAUUGCAGCGUUACGGAGGAACAUUGUCGAGUUUGCUUGCCCCUGGAUUGCAUUGUUUACUGUUAUAGUUAAAUGCGAAAAUGUCUGUGCUGAGACAGUGCGGCGUCUUAGCAAGGCAAGCGACAGCACUUCAUCGUCCGAAGAUCUCGCUGGUCCCAUCGAUUUCUUGGUAUGUCGGGCGCAGUGCCGACGGAGUGAGUGGAAGUCGCUUCGAUAAUGAUCCCAAUCGACGAGGUUAUAAAAAAUUUGGGCAUACGCCGCGGGAGACACCGCGUAUUACGAAAAUUUUUCAUUUUGUUGUUGGAUCGCUUUUCAUCUUAUCUCUCUUGGACUGGCCUUACCUAAAGAAAAAAUUGUUUCCACCAGUCAAAGCGGACGUGGGUCAAGAACCCAAAAGUACCGAAAGACACGAUAGCAACGAGAAAGAAGGAGACAUUUCGGACUCCGAGUCGGAUUCAGAAAGUAUCAGUUUAGAUGCCGAGGUUUCCAAAAAACGUAAUAAGAAAGAAAAAGUUGGUUUCCGCGAACGAAAGAUCAUUGAAUAUGAAAAUCGUAUACGUCAAUAUUCUACACCAGAUAAGGUGUUUCGAUAUUUUGCUACAAUUCAAGUCCCAUCACCAUCUGGGGAUCAUUACGAAGUCUUUAUGACACCAGUCGACUUUCUAACAAGCAUGACACCUGGAAUGAAGCAACCUGAGGGUCUGGGACUGGAUCAAUACAGGCGUUAUGACCCAAAGACCCUGGGAGAGACUGUUACCGAAAGACUUGAUCUACAUUUGGAAAAGGAUAGCAUUUUUUACAAAUUGGGAUCUUACGGGCUUAUCUCUUUUUCGGAUUAUAUAUUUUUAUUGACGGUGCUUUCAACUUCUCGACGUCAUUUUGAGAUUGCUUUUCAAAUGUUUGAUCUAAACGGGGAUGGAGAUGUGGACUGUGAAGAAUUUGAAAUGGUAGCAACGCUCAUUCGUCAGCAAACGAGCAUUGGUAGUCGUCAUCGAGACCAUGCUAAUACGGGCAAUACAUUUAAAGGCGUCAAUUCAGCCUUAACAACCUACUUCUUCGGCAAAGAUCUCAAAAAUAAACUUACCAUUGAAAAGUUUCUUGAAUUCCAACAUCAAUUGCAACGUGAAAUUUUAUCAUUGGAAUUCAAACGUAAGAAACCCGAUGAAAAUGGAUUCAUAACGGAAGCGGAUUUCGCUGAACUUUUAUUGGCCUAUGCUGGCUACACUGAAAAGAAAAAGGCCAAGAAGUUGAAACGUGUGAAACGGAAGUUCCGUGAUCAUGGCACUGGUAUUUCAAGAGAUGAUUACUUGGAUUUCUUUCAUUUCUUGAACAAUAUCAAUGAUGUGGACACGGCACUUACAUUUUAUCAUAUUGCUGGUGCAUCCAUUGACCAGGCAACGUUGAAGCAUGUAGCGAAAACUGUUGCUCAUGUGAAUUUGUCGGACCAUGUUAUCGACGUAGUUUUCACGAUUUUUGAUGAGAAUAUGGAUGGUCAGCUGAGCAAUAGGGAAUUCGUAGCUGUAAUGAAAAACCGACUGCUAAGGGGCUUGGAAAAGCCAAAGGAUACAGGAUUUAUUAAAUUAAUUCAUUCAAUCUUGAAAUGCGCCAAAGAGACUAAACCAGUUUUACUUGAUAUAUAAUUGCGUGUACUACACAAUAGCUUACUAAGGAAUAUCACAACCUAUCCCUGCAAUAUACCGCUUAGCCAGAUUCAAGGAAAGAUACUCCAGAGAUUAUAGUGUACUGUUACUUGUUAUUUAUUUGUCUCUAUUCAUUGAUUGGGGUUUACUUUCAUAUAUGCCUUACGAUUUCUACUUGAUGGUGAGAUGUUUUUGUUAUGUUUUCAUAAUGCUCUAACUAAUUGUCAACCUCAACUGAAUAACGUGUUUGAAUACAUAUUUUAAGUUACAUAAAUAUAUACAUUUUGAAAUUGUU